AUGAGCAAAAUACUAGCAUACUUCCAACUGGGACCACAGUCGGGAUGGACAGAGUCAGUUGUUUUGCACGCAGCGCGGAUCCCGUUUGCGAUCGCUGUCCUCGGUCUCAGCGCCUGGCUGUACCCGUCCCUUCCAGACAAUAUCCUGUUUCUCUCGAUGGGCUUAGCCAUCUUCACAAUGACAGUUUGCAUCGGCUUCAUCAUAUUCCUAUCCGCAUGUCCGAGCACAUAUGUCAUGAAGAUCGAUCUUGGGACUCACGUCUUAAUGGCCAUACUCUGGUUAGUCGAGGUUCUUCUCAUGUGCUUUCUGGGUUGGUACGGGCAAGCAGAUAAAGAUCAUCUUUUCAAACUAUGGGUGGCAGAGCUUGUCAUGGGGACUAUCGAAUCUGGUCUCUGGUUCUUUGAAGCGCUCGUUCUGGCACACGACUUAAUGACACCCUCACCUGACAACGAGCCCAUGUCACUUCCACCACUACCACCAGCCAGCAACUACGAUUGGCCAACAUCACCACAACAACUCGACCCAUGGUCACCAGUCUCGCUUCUCGAACCCCCUCGCUCUGGGCCACAGCCUUUGCUUCCCAAAAGCCACAACAGAUACGACGAUGAUGCACAGGAGUUACCGGAUCAGUUCGAAUUUGGCUUUCCUCAAGAACCUUCUAGCAAUAGCUCAGAUCAACACGUAGCGGAGCUGAGUCCUCAGCAAGCUCCCAGUCCCGCCUCCAGUCAGGGUAGAAGGGGUGCAGUCAGUCAUCUCGAUCCAGUAGGGUCACGUUGUAUUUCGCCUAAGAAGCAGCCUGUUAGGAAGUAG